AAUUUCUCAGCAAAAGCCACAAAAUUAUUCUAUUUAUCCAAAUCUCUCAAACACUGAAAAGUGAACAAAAGGAUUAAAAAGUGAGAGAAUGAAUAAAACGUACUAUCUUAUAUUUCUUCUCUUCUUUGCUGCAUCGUAUUCAUCACCGGGCAUUGCAGAUCCCGUGCAUGUCUACGAAGACUUCGUCGGAUGUUUCAAAAACAAGACAAACAUCUCAGACAAGGAUCUAACCGACGUCGUUUUGUCCCAUACUAGCGUUUCGUACACCCCUGUCCUACGCGCAUACAUCCGAAAUGCUCGUUUCAACACCUCCUCGACGCCGAAACCGUCGGUCAUCGUGCUGCCACGUGUCGACUCCCAGGUUCAAGCCGCCGUGGUCUGCACCAAAACGCUGAAUCUCCAGCUGAAGAUCCGGAGCGGCGGUCACGACUACGACGGUCUCUCCUACGUCGCCGCCGUAACGUUCAUCGUCCUCGAUCUCUCUAACUUCCGAAACAUCACCGUCGAUAUGAACGAGGACGGAGGAUCCGCUUGGGUACAAACCGGAGCCACGCUCGGUGAGCUUUUCUACAGGAUUUGGGAGAAGAGCGAUGUACACGCUUUCCCCGCCGGAAUCUGUCCUACCGUCGGCGUCGGAGGACACGUAAGCGGCGGCGGAUACGGGCACAUGAUUCGGAAGUUCGGUCUCACGGUAGAUUACGUCGUUGACGCUACCAUCGUCGACGCUAAAGGCCGAGUUCUUGAUCGGAAAGCGAUGGGGGAGGAUCUCUUCUGGGCGAUACGAGGUGGCGGAGCCGGAAGCUUCGGCGUCGUUUUGGCUUUCAAGGUGAAACUCGUGGAGGUUCCUAAAACCGUCACCGUCUUCAGGGUAGAUAGAUCGUCGGACCAAAAUGCCCUCGACAUGGUCCAUAAAUGGCAGUUCGUGGCUCCAAGAACAGACCCUGGUCUGUUCAUAAGAGUUUUGUUAGCCUCUCCGACCAAGAACAAGACACAAACGGUGAACGCUAAGGUAAGAGCUUUGUAUUUGGGAAAGGCUAACGACGUCGUUUCAAUGAUGGCGAAGGAGUUCCCUGAGUUGGGUCUAAAGAUAGAGGAUUGUAAGGAGAUGACGUGGAUCCAGUCACUCUUGUGGUGGAUGAACCACAAAGACGUGGAGAAAGUCAAAACUGGAUGUUUUACUCGAAAGGGAACCGGACUCGGCUAAAUUUCUCAAGAGGAAAUCGGAUUACGUGGAGAAGGAGAUUACCAAACCGGAACUAAACCGGUUGUUUCAGCAACUGGCGGUAUUAGAUAGAACCGGUUUGGUUUUGAAUCCAUACGGAGGGAAUCUAAACGCGACCGCAACGAACGCAACGGCGUUUCCGCAUAGGCACAAACUAUACAAAAUCCAACAUUCAACGACUUGGUCUGAUGCUGGACCAGAGGCGGACAGGCUUUACGUUGGUAAUUUAAGAACAACCUAUCGAAUCGUGACCCCGUUCGUGUCGAAAAACCCUAGGAGCUCGUAUUUGAACUAUAGGGAUGUCGAUAUCGGGGUUAAUGAUCAUGGAGCGGAUAGUUACCGAAAGGGGGAAAUCUACGGAAGGAAGUAUUUUGGGGAGAAUUUUGAUCGGUUGGUUCGGGUGAAAACCGAUGUAGAUCCGGAUAAUUUCUUUAGGAAUGAGCAGAGUAUACCAACCUUACCUCAUAAGAGAAGGUAGACAACUUUAGCUCAUGUGACUAUUGUAACUAAUCCUUAAUGUUACUUCAUGAAACUUGGAAUAAAUUUGUUUUCUAA